AUGUCAUCUUCUUCUUCAGCCACAACCAAAGUGACCCUCAAACUUCUUAUUGACACCAAGAAUCAAAAAGUUCUAUUCGCUGAAGCAUCUAAAAAUGUCAUUGAUUUCCUCUUUAAUUUGCUUCGCAUACCUGUUGGCACAGUCGUAAAACUACUAACCAAGAAUGACAUGGUUGGUAGUAUAGGAAAUCUGUACGACAGUGUUGAAAACAUGAAUGAGAAUUACAUGCAAGUUGGGCAAACAAAGGACGUUCUUUUGAAUCCAAGAGCUCCACCUGAAAUUUCUGGCCUUCUUACUGCAAAUGAAGCUGAUACCAACAACAACCUUGGAGGUGGAGGAACAUCAUAUUAUAAAUGUCCAAGUAACUGUACUUUUGAUGUCACAUGUGAUAGCACAACUCUUUGUUCUAACUGCAAGCGAGCUAUGAACAGCCUCACACGUUAUGUUGGAAAGAAAGUUGUUGAUGGCAAUGUUGCGGUUCAAAAUGGUUUUGUAAAAGAUGUUGUGACAUUCAUGGUGAUGGAUGAUUUGGUCAUUCAACCCAUGUCAACAAUAUCAAGCAUCACUUUGCUGAACAAGUUCAAUGUCAAAGAGGUUGGUACCUUGCAGGAGAAGAUUGUUGAGAUGGGAAUGGAUGAGGGCAUCAAAUUGCUCAAGGCUUCACUGCAAUCCAAGAUGGUCUUGACUAGUGUUUUCCUCAAGAAAAAAAAAUAUGAGGAAGGUUUUGCUUCUGUUUCCUUUGACGCUUCUUGA